CAGCGAGUCGAGCCAGUGUGAGCUCGGCAGCGGGCGAGGAAGGUAGUGCGAGUGAGAGCGUUCGCGCACGGGCUUCUUGGGACUUUGAGGGGGGUCGUUGCGAUAACCCGUGCGUUCUUCCCCGUCAUCAAGAUAUUUCUCUCCUGUAAUAAAGAACAAUAACGAACGUAUAAUACGCGACCGAGAGCAGCUAAAGCUCCCCUGGAUUCCUGUAUUUUAUAAUUUUUGGUUAUUGUUGUUUCUGUGAUCUGAUUAUGAGUAGUGGAACGAGAUAAGUGUCGUCCUGCAGUGUGGGCGGCUUUUUGGAAUAGUCUUAAAUCGAGUUUCCGUCAGCGGCCUACAUCUCGAGCGGAGAAGCGGGAUAUACACACAUCUGCCGCGAAUUAGUGCCCACACCAGUUUUGAAAAUGCAAGCAAGAUCAUGUAUUUAUUCAGCAACGAAAAUGGAUAAAACGAGUUUAACAACAUGCUGAACCACUAACUUAAAGUCGAUCUAAGGAGGAAAGAAGAGGAGGGAAGCCUUCCAGCAAUUGCAUUUCAACUUAUUUGGAAGGAAUAUACAUAAGUGCACACCAUCGCGCCAGGAAGGCAGGGCGAGCGGCAGCAACAUUUCUCCAGUCGCAGAGGAUGCGAAUGCUAUUUCCCUCGACGGUCAACGAGAAAAGAUUCCACAUGGGUUGGCUGCAGUUGAGGCGCUGGCUGUCCUUCCUGCCUGCGGCCUUCGUCGUGUACAUCCUCCUCCACUACCUCGUGUACCAGCCCGACAUCUCGGGUCCCCACGCCGUCCUGGUGACGGAUGGCCGGAGCAACAGCAGUUUGGUGGGUGGGGCGGGAGGGAGGACGCUGCAGAGCGGCCCUCGCGUCCUGCCCCAUCUCUCGUCGGACUCGCAGGACGUCUUGCAGGACGCCCCGAAUGCCCCCGCGAACGCUGCAACGCCUUCAGCCGGCCUGGAGGAGAGCGCCGCGUCGCCAGGCUUGGCAGCGUCGGCAGCGGGCAGUGGGCAUCUUCAGCCGGAGGACAACACGACGGCGUUUCAAGGUAGUGGUGGCGCCGCGCUCCUCGACACUGACUCCCCCAGUCUAGCCAGGUUUGACAGCAUGCCUCGUCGCCUCGGGGCGCAGGACCCCUCGAAGGAGGCGUCCCCCUACCCCGAGGAGAGCGAGGCUGUCCUGCUCAGGAGCGGCGGCUUGAUCGGGUCCGGCCCGUCGGGCGCAGGCAGCGGGCCGAGCGGGGCAGACGUGAGGACCGGGUCGGCGAGCAGGCCGCCUCCCUCCGCCACUGUCUCUCAGGGCCUGCCCUCGGGCUCAGCCUCAAGGGCUCCUGUUGAGGACGACCUGAGAGCCGGGUUUCCGGAGAGCGUGAGUUCGGCCGCCAUCCCGCCCUCGCCGUCGCCCCGCGACGCCCUGCUCCCGCCCGUCCGAGGUGCCAUCCCUGUCCGUCCCACGCCGCUGCCGCGCCGUGAGGUUUUGUCCGUGGAAGCCGCCGGGAGGCCGAUGCCCAUGGACCCCGACCCGCCCUUGCCGCCCGCGCACGCCCUCCCGGAGUACAUGGGCCAGGGCGGCCUGCGCUUCGACCAGCGAAGCGUGGACUACCACUACCCCGCCGUCCACGGGGGGUACGAGGGCGAGUACGAGGCCUACGGCCCAGACAAGCCCGGCUACGGCCCCGAAAUGCCACUGCCGAGGACCUACUACGCCCACAGCCAAGCCAUGGCCGAAAUGGGCGGCCUGCAGUCCCUAGGCAGUAACAUGCUGUCCCCCUCUUACGAAGCGUUCGGCUACCCCGACGAGCGCGACCUGGCUAUGGGUGCGAACCCGCCCGCGCAGGCAGUUCUGGCGCACCAAGCUCAACCGUCGGAGGGAAACAAGCCACCUGCGAGUCCCCAGGAGAAAGGGUCCCAGCCACAAGCAAAGGGAGUGGCAGGACACACAGAGGUGCGGGUCUCUUCAACAAUGAGAGCAGUUUCCUCAUCAUCUUCGUCUUCUGUGGCAACUAAGGGAGCUGGCCUCCCUCAGCAGUCCUCGCCUGCUGGACUGGCAGCAGCCCAGAGCCAGCCACAGCCACCUCAUAUGGUAGUGGUGGAAGGCACAGGCUCUGUGCCACAGGUUCGGCAGUCUAAAAAGACUACUGUCGUCAAAAAGAGCAACAUUGCAUCUUCAACUGGGCUUUCUAUUAAUGCUUUAAAGGGAAAGACAAAGGUUGGAGAGAAAUACGAGUCAGGGUUCAAUGUGCCCCAUGAAGAACUAUGUCCCAACAACGGAAGAGAACUCAAAGUGCUAGUCCUCAUCACAACAGCCCCAGAUCACGAAAAGCACCGUACAGCCGUUAGACAGACAUGGGGCCAUUUUUCGAUCAGAAAAGAUGUUGUCAUGGCAUUUAUGAUAGGGAGAACCAACAACCCUACCAUUCAAGCCAAUAUCGAUAGAGAAAACGAACUGUAUGGCGACGUUGUGCAAGCCAACUUUAUAGAUCACUACAGCAACCUUACUUUGAAGACAGUGUCAAUGUUUGAGUGGGCCAAGACUUACUGCUCAGAAUCACAUUUUAUUUUAAAGACAGAUGAUGAUAUGUUUAUCAAUAUGCCUUUACUCCUCACUUUCAUCGACUCCAAGAUUAAUGACCGGCGUGUCAUGUAUGGACGGCUUGCCAAGGGCUGGAAGCCUGUCCGGAAUAAGAAGAGCAAGUACUACAUUGACACUAGUACUUACAGUAAGACUAGAUAUCCAGAUUUCCUCACCGGGCCGGCCUACCUCUUCACCAACGACGUGGUCGAUGACAUCUAUCAGAAAGCCCUUGGCACUACUUUCUUCGUAUUAGAAGACGUGUUGGUGACUGGAAUUGUUGGGGAGAGUUUAAGAAUUAAGAGAGUAGGAGACUCACGAUUUAGAAAUGAGAAGAUUAAAUUAACCGAUACAUGUAGUCUAAUGAAAACAAUUUCAAUCCAUAUGGUUAAAUAUGAAGAACAGUUUGAUAUAUACAAACGGACACUAGAUGGGAAGGCGAAAUGUAAAACUGGAUAGUAAACAUUAGGCAAGCCCUUGCCAUUCCCCAGAGGCAAAGGCUCAAUAUUGUCAGGAAUUGUUUACCAUGUGAUAGAUAAAAUAUGAUUUAUGCUCAAAACAUGGCUCUUUGGAAGUCUGUGAUUCUCCAUUUCAUAAGGUGUAAUGGAAGUCAAGAGACAGUUUCAUUAAUGUCUAGUCCUUCAUUGCAUGUGGUAAUAAGGGAAAGCAAUGUCUUUGUGAGCUCUGGAGUUGAUUUUUGAAAAGAAAAGUACAGAAAAGUGAGAAUGGAACUGCCAGUGAGCUGAAGUGCUGGAAAUCAGAGCCAAAGAUGAUCCAAUGGUGAGAAGUCGUACAGAAUGUUGUGAGAAAUUUGUGAAUUUGUUCUAGGAAGUGUAGAGACUGAGAGCUCCCACUUUGUCCAAACUUCAGAAAAUUGAAAUAGAGCCUUUUGUGGUGUGCUGAAUAUUUGAGAAUUAACACUUGAUUAUUUUAGUGAUAGAAAAUGAACAAGAAGGACUGAACACUUUGCUAUCUGUGAUCUGAAUCCAUUUUCUCAUUGCUUUCUCAAGUUUGUUGGAGUGACCUAAGUCAGCUUGCAGUGUUUUUAAGAUGUUCCUAGUGUGAGAAAAUAUGGUCAGGGUUAAUUAAUUGCACAAGAAUUUUCAGUGUUAUGACAUCAUAUUUGCACAAAGAUUGAACUGUAUUUGUAGUAUUUACUAUGGAUAAUACCCAGGUGGUAUUAGACUCAUUAAAUUGUAUAUUGUAUAUCAUAUACAAUUUUUUAUUAUCAAAUAUAUAUUUUUCUUGCUGUCUCUGGAAUAAUAGUGUGAGUAAAAAAAAAGUGAAUAAAUAGGUUGAACUAAAUAUAAAUACAUGUAUAUUCCACUUUUGCAAUGACUGUGAACACCAUCAUUAUUGUAACUUUACACACAGAAGGGAAAGUGUUUUGGAAAAAAAAAGAUUAUUGCACUUCAGAUUGCAGGUUUUGCUACGCACUUGCAUGUGUAUAAACUUCAGUACCAUGGACUGGUGUGAAUCAUCAUUGUCAUAUUUGUGUGUUACCGUUCUAUGAGUCCAUCUGUUCAUUGAUGCUUGUAGGAAAUACUCCUCAGUGGCCUCAUUCAUUGUAGAUGAUAGUUGCAUAUAUUCCUUUUUUAUCUUUUUAUUAUUGUUAUGAUUAAAUUGUUAUUAUUAUUAUUAUCAUCAUCAUAUUUUUUUAUUGUUGUUGUUAUUGUUAUUAUAUUUUUUAUAUUUUUAUUAUCAUUAUCAUUAUUUUUUAUUAAUACUAUUAUCCUCAUCAUUAUCAAUAUCAUUAUUGUUGUUGAUAUUUUUAUUUGUACUAUUAUUAUUAUUAUUAUUAUUAUUAUUAUUAUCAUUAUCAUUAUUAUCAUUUUUAUCAACAUUAUCAUUAUCAUCAUCAUCCUCGUCAUUAACACAUUUCUCUAGGCUCUGCUGUUGUAUGGAAUAUUGUUCAUACUAGUCAUGAGAAGGCAAUCCAGAGAAUAUUAGUUGUUGUUGGAACUGAGUUUGUCAUUGUGGCAAUAUCAUUUUAUUUCCAGUCGCUUGAUUUACAGUAUUAUGAUUUUAAAGAUGUUGAUUCCAUUUACCAGAUCACAAGCAAGGGUUAGCAGGACAGCAAAGCAAUAUCAUAUCUGCGGUAACAAAACAAAUGACAGGCUUGUGUGCUUUGGUUGAUAUUGAACAGUUCACAAGGAUAAGAAAGCCAUAUUGAGUCUUGUAAAUACCCCUUGGUUUCAUUUCUUGCUGCUUGUUUAAUUCUGGUGUUCAACUGUUGUCUCACAGGCAACUUUGACAUCAAGUGUUGACUGGUGAUUAGCCUGUUAAGGGUAUCACUUCGGUUAACUUUGCAUUUAGCUUGUUUAUAGUAUGAAUUAUUACUGUGUAUUUCAGGAAUGGCAUUUGUUGUGGAUCACCAGUUAAAGCAUUGAUAAGCAUUCUCUCUCCCCUUCUCCCUCUGCCUCUCCCUCUCCCUCUCCCUCUCCCUCUCCCUCUCCCUCCCUCU